GAUCUCUCCCCCUCUCUCUCUCCCUGCAUCCACCUCACACAUGAUCCAGCAUCAUCCAUCUCUCCGGAUGCGAUGCCCCGCACUCAGCCGUCUUGAUUCCCGCCUGGUCGCGGCAUCAUCACCAGUGAGGAUAGUGCACAGCGGAGGGAUGGCGGAGGGAUGAGCACAUCCAGCACAUUUCGAUGGAGUCUUCUUUCAACGCUGUAGAGCUCCGGGAGCUGCGGGGCGGAGGAAGCCGGGGAGGCGUCGCUCCGACGCCGGCCACAGUGGCCUGCGCCGCCCGGGGCUUCGAGAACGCCUCCUACCUGCAGGACGAGGAGCACGAGGACCGCCAGCAGGGGGCGACUGUGCCGGCGGGUUGUCCGCCGUCAACUUCAGGCAACAGCAAGGAGGAGCAGCAUCAGGAGAUCUCUCCACAGUCGUACGAUGAGGAGGAAGGACUUGGAGGGCAGGAGAACGGACAGGACUUCACCGAGUUCCACCCCGCCGACGACCACUCUGCAGACUACGGCUUCAUCUUCGCCCUGGUGUUCCUGGUGAGCGGGAUCGUCCUGGUGAUCAUCGCCUACACCAUCCCCCGAGAGGCCAAGGUCGACCCGGACUCCGUGUCGGCCCGCCAAAUGGAGAAGCUGGAGAUGUACUACGCCCAGCUGGGUUCCCAUCUGGACAAGUGCAUCAUUGCGGGCCUGGGCCUGCUGACUCUGGGGGGGAUGUUCCUGUCCGUGCUGCUCAUGGUGUCCAUCUGCCGGGGCGAGAUGUACCGACGCAGGGCGGCGUUUGUUCGACCCAAGAGGACUUACGGCUCCAUCAACAUGAGGAUGAAGCAGCUGGCGACAGGAGAGGCAGGAGGAGGCAGCGAGGGCGGAGACGGAGGUGAGGGGUUUUUGGUGGAACAUGCAGAGACACGGAUUAACACACAGCCAGGUCCGAGCCGGGACUCCAAAUCAGAACCAGGACCAAGCAAUCCUCCUCCUCCUGCUGCUUUGUCCUCUUCUUCUUCUUCUUCAGCUGCUGCACAUGGAGUCAACUAGCUGUCCUGACCUCUGCAACCUGCAGUUGCAAAACGGGGAUGCAAAAUAGUGCAGGUCCCCCGUAUUUGUGCUGACAGGGGAAUCCCAUGUUGAGCAUAAGGCUGGAGCGACCCAGCUUUAACCCAGCAUGAACAAGUUUCUGGGAUAUUUAUUCUAAGCAUCAUAAAGGAUGUAUUACUUAACAAAAGAGGGCUCGAUCCGGUAGAAGACGAGAGGUAAGCCUAUGUUAGUGUGGAAAAGAGCACAUUUGGAGGUGAAUGGUUGUAUAUCAAAAAGUUCCAAUAUAAAUCCUAAUAUGUUAUCCAGAGUUUUACAGUAAAAAAGCACAUGGUGUCCCACUGCCCUGGAGGUUCACUGCAAAAAUGACGAAUAACACUUUAUUUAUGAAGUCCACAGUUGAUCCUCAUCUAUCAGGCGACCAAAAAUAUGUUCAACCUUUAACCCUCGCCAUACUUUAAACCCCAAUCACAACUAAUAACAUCUGACUUGUCACGCUGCUGUGAACAUUACAGUCAUUUGACAGGAACGUGUUAUUACUGGACUAUCUUAACUGAAGUAUUAUGGAAAGUGUGAUGCUAGCUCUCGAACAUAUAAACAGAGGCAACAUUUUUACACCCAACACCAACAUCAGACAAUAACAGUAAAAAAGAUAAAGCAUUAAAUAAUCUUAAAACUGUGUCAACACUCACUCUCAACCAAAUAACCAAAUAAAAGGCUAAAAGGAUCAUUUAAACCUGCAUUGAGUAAUAUAUUUGAUUAGUUAAAAGGACUGUGAUUAAUGAGUCUCAUUAAAGCUUUUAGUUCAUUGUUGUGGUUCUCUGGUUGCACACACACUUGAUGGCUUCACAUCUGUAAAAGGUUCUCAUUUGGUUCUCGCUGCAGACCUUUCUUUGUAAUAUUGUGACUUUUAUUCCCCAUAAUAUUACAGCUUUAUUCUCAUAUUAUUAGGACUUUAAUCUCUAAAUAUUAGGACUUUUCCCCCUGGAAAGUAUUGGAUAUUAUUCAAAUUAUUAGAAUAUUAUCUCAAUAUCUUUCCCUAACCGGUGGUUAAAAAUGUCUUAAUGCAGCUUUAAUCUUGUUAAAAUAUUCAGCUGAUGAUCGGAGUGCAACAGAUUAAUCUUUAAUUCACCAACUUUAUAAGAAAUGCAUUAAAAUACAGAGAGAGGAGGUGAGUCACUGCUGAGAGGGGGGCACAUAUUACCCAGAAGGCAUUGCACCAGCAGCCCUGAGCUCUUUAUAC